CUCAGCCCUCCACUUAGGAGGUUUUCUCAUGGUCUGCUGUCCAGUAACUGGACUUCUUUUUGGUCUUUUCAAUCUUAAAACUCAACAACUAAAGCGAAGAAACGAAACAAACUGAAAAAGCAACUUGAACUAGUUGUGAAAUACCUUGAAGACCAGCAAGAACUACAGUUUCUGGAAAGUUUGAGAUGUCCCCAGCAUCUAAACAUUAAAUUAUAUAAGUGUUAGCCAGUCACGUGGACACUCUGUUGUACACCACUUGUCAUUACGGACUACAGGAUCGUGGAGGGGGGAACGACACAGCCACCGUGGUCAUUCAGGUGAUGGACUUUGACAACCAGAACCCCUACUUCAGCUACAACCUCUACCACACCUCUAUUCCAGAGAACCAGGAGGGUUUCCUGACAACUCAACCAGAGGCAAUAAAAGCCCAGGAUGGCGACCUUGGGAUCAACAUGAGUGUAAUUUACAGCCUCGGUGCAGUGUUUCCAGACGUCUAUGAGAAGAACUUCAAUGUUAAUGCGAUCAGUGGAGUUCUGUCAGUGACAACCAAAAUCGACAGAGAUUUGAUGAACAGUUCUGUGAUCCUCGUCACCAUCAAGGCAGCGCAGACAGACGACAUCACGAAGACAACCCAGGCUCUGGUGAACGUUAUGAUUGAGGACGUGAAUGAUAACCCUCCAGAGUUUGAACAGUCUCAGUACUCAGUGACCAUUCCAGAAAAUUCUCCUGUUGACUCUAUUCUUCUCAAAGUCAUCAUCACUGACCUGGAUUUGGGUGGGUUUGUGGGAAAUCUGACGAUCCUUCCAGAAUCAGCUCCUUUUGCCAUCAGCGAUGACGGGACAGUUAGAGUGACCAACACCACAGCUCUGGACCGAGAAGCCACUGAUACCAUCACGUUUCAGAUUGAAGCAAAUGAAACGAGUCCACCACACCACUUUACCACAGCGGACGUCAGGGUCCGACUCCUGGAUGAGAAUGACAACAGUCCAACAUUCACCAGCACCAAGUAUGAAGGAAGUGUCUUUGCAAAUCAAACUGAGGGAAUGUUUCUGCUGCAGGUUAAGGCAGAAGAUCCAGAUGCAGAUGAAAAUGGGCGGAUCAAAUACUCAAUUGAUUUUUGGAACACCGACAGCUACUUCGCCAUCGACGAAAACACUGGAAACAUCACGCUGAUUAAACCCAUUCAAAUGGGGGAGAAUAAAAUUCAGAUGUUUACUUUCUACGUAACAGCCACAGAUGGAGGUGUUGCGCCUCGCUCUUCCUCAGUACAGGUGGACAUUCGAGCUCCUGGAAAUUCAAAUCCACAAUUUUUACAAAAACGCUACAUUGGCACCAUAGAAGAAGAGCAGAACCCCGGCACUUUAGUCCUGCAGGUUAAAUUCCAGGCAGUAGCUUCAGAGGAUCUGAUGCUCCACGUUAACACACAAAACGAUCUGUUCAACAUCUCAUCCAGUGGUGAAUUUAUCACGAAGAAGAAGCUGGACUACGAUGAGGGUCCGCACAACUACUCUGUGGAUAUCUCCAUCUCAGACGGCGUCAACAGCGACACCGCAGUCGUGGAGGUCCAAGUCACAGACAUCAAUGACAACAGUCCUGUUUUUGAGUCCAGUAACAUGACAACAGUCAUUCCAGAGAACCUCAAAAUCAGGUCCAAUGUUACUGUUGUUGGCGCCACAGACAAAGACAGCAGCUUCAACGGGGAGAUAAGGUACUCACUGAGAGGUGGUGAGGGGAGGUUCUCUGUGGAUCCUGUAUCUGCCGUGGUCCAUGUGGCUGCUGAACUCGACAGAGAGACCAAAGCAGAGUACAGCCUGCUGGUGGUGGCUGAAGAUCAGGGUCGUCCAGUCAGGUCGGCCACAGCCAGCCUGCAGGUCCGACUAGCUGAUGUUAAUGAUAACAAGCCAGUGUUUUCUCAGACUGAGUACCAGGCUGAAGUGUUAGAAACGGAGCCCCUGGAUACCUUCGUGCUCAAUGUAUCAGCUGUUGAUCCUGAUGAAGGUGCAAACGGGACAGUGACUUACAGCAUUCUCCAGCAAACUCCUCCUUCAGACCUCCCUGUCUUUGUGGUGAACUCUUCCACCGGGACCCUGCUGCUGGAUCAGCCUCUGGACUACAGUAGGGUGAACGGCUACACUCUGAUGGUGCAGGCCACCGACGGGGGGACGCCUCUGCUAGUUGGGAAAUGCUCUGUGGUGGUGAAAGUGAAAGACGUGAACAACAAUCCACCUCACUUCAGUCAGGAAAGAUACAAUGUGGCCGUCCCUGAGAACCUGCCCAGUGGAGCCUCCAUCCUGACCCUGGAGGUCACUGAUCGAGAUGAGGGAGGAUUCUCUAAUGGCUUCUUCGUCUACACCAGCGACACUUUUGACAUCAGCAAACAAGGUGUGGUUUCACUGAAGGAUGUGACUUUGGACCGAGAGACAAAGGACAGUUACAUAUUACAGGUGGUGGCAGUGGAUCAGGUCUCUGAUGGUCUGAACGCCACAGCUCAGCUCAACGUCACGGUCCUGGACUAUAACGACAACACACCGCAGUUCCCCGUCCUCCCGGACUCCCUGCCGAUCUCUGAGGGAAACUACUCCGAGACUCCAAGUGAGAUUUACACCAUCGUGCCCACAGACGCUGACCUCGGCCCCAACGGAGAGGUCACCAUCUCCCUCGCUUCACCACACCCCCUCUUCAGAUUCACAAAGAAUGGGACAUUGCUGGCUGUCGGCGUUCUGGAUCGGGAGAGCAGAGACACUUACGACCUGAUCAUUCAGGCCGUGGACAGAGGCGUCCCACAGAGAGAGAACUUCACCACCAUCAGAGUGAACGUCACUGACGUCAACGACAACCGACCGCAGUUCAACGCCAGCAGCUACGUCAGCAGCAUCCUGCUGAAAGACGCCAAGGAGGGGAAGCUGCUGCUGACGCUGUGCGCCACCGACAAAGACAUCGGCGACAACGCGGCCAUCGCCUACAGCUUCAUUGCCGGAAACACUCCAUAUUUGGCUUUAGAUGCAGAGACCGGGGCCGUGACCUUAACCUCUAACUUUACUGAGGUCACAAAGGACACGACACUCGUGCUGACCGCCAUGGCAGAGGACGGCGGGCAGCCUCCUCUGAACUCAACAGCCCAAGUCGUGGUCAAUCUCAAGAUUGCCAGUCUAGUGGAGGGCGUGGCCUUCCUCAGCCCCUCCUACAACCUCAGCGUGCCUGAGAAUCAGCCUGCGGGGGCGAUGGUGGGAAGAGUCACGGCGUCGUCAGGAAGCGACCUUUAUGAUGUCAGAUACUCACUGAAAACGUACACAGACCUGUUCUCCAUCAACACCAGCGGAGCCAUCCAGACAAAAACGCAACUGAACAAGGAAAGCCAGGAGUGGUACAUCCUGGAGGUGAAGGCGGUGGACACCAGGAUCCCCCCCACAUCAGCCGUGGCUACGGUCAAAGUUCAGGUGGAGGACAUGAAUGAGGCGCCACAGUUCAUCCCUGACAGCUACACGGCGUCCAUCUUCAGCAUCGCCCCGUAUAAAACGCCAGUCGUCCAAGUCCAGGCAUCAGACCCGGAUGUCGGGGACGAGACUCGGCUGAAGUACAGUCUGAUAAAGAAUACCAACUUUGACGUGGAGACGUCCUCGGGUCAGGUGUACGUGGUCUCUGUGAGCAGUCUGGCUGGGACGGAGGUCACACUGGAGGUGAUGGUUUCUGACCCCAAAGGAAAGCAGGCUACAGCCACAGUGGAGGUGACAGUAAAGGGCAGCGCCAGCAGUGACGAUGUUGUCACCAUCUCACUCAACCAACCCGCAAACGAUGUGGAGAAGAAACUUUCUGAAGUUGAGAUGUCUCUCAGCACCGCCCUCGGCUGGACAGUGAACAUCAUCGAGGUAUCAGCCACGAUCAGAGAAACUGUUCAGUCCAGAAUGUCAACGGCAAUUUCACUGACUUUGGUUAGCUUCAUCGCAUUUGACGGAGGGCAGGUCGUUUCACCACAAGACAUUACAAAGAAACUGCAGGACCAAUCAGCACUUGUAAAGCAGGAGCUGGAGAAAAUAUUUGGGGAGGGGCUUCAAUAUGACAUAGUGAAGAAGACCACAAGCCCUGCCUCCGACCAGACUACAGUCAUUGCUCUGAGUGUCAUGCUGGCGCUGAGCAUGUUAGGAUUAUUCAUCAUAGCUUUCCUGAUCAUCUGGUUCAGGAGGAAGAACAGAUUUAUGAAGGAGUUGGAUGGUCAGAGUUUGUACAUCAACCGAGACACUGAAGGUUCCACGAACUGGGAGCAGAGAAUUCCUGAAAACCCUAAAAAGGUAACACCACCCAGUCACAAGAAGGCGGAGACAGGUGUCAAGGAGACUAACAAAACCCUUCAGACAGACAGCGGGACGGAGGACAGACGAAGCUGCAGCACUGACAGCUGCACAUCGACUGUAUAAUCUGUUGGAGCUCAAACUGUUCCAUUAAAGGGUUACUUCAAAUCUUAUCACUCAGUGCCAGUCAGCUUUGGAGAGUUUGGUUCUUCUGCCACCAGGGGGCGAUGUCACUAAAUAUUUUAAGGCUAACAGCCAGGCUAAGUGGAAAAUCAUGGGUGUGUCACCUCUAACUUUCAGAUUCCUUAAGUUUUAUUCUCAGGCUGUUUCACAAAGCAGUUAAACACGAAAAAUAGCUCUUAAAUUUAUCAAAGGUUUGUUGUAGAUGAUUUUUAUCGCUAAUUAACUUGCCAGUGUUUUGAUAUGAGCUGCUAAACUGCCUCUGAAACACAA